AUGGCCAAACAGUCUAGGACCCAGCCCGAGUUUGACCCUGCGGCUGGUGGAAGCAGCAAGAGAGCUCGUGUGGGCUUUGCGGCCGAGCGCGCCGGUCAUGCGUUCGGAGACGAAUCCCCCGCGCUGGCAGGCGCUGGUCGUGCCGUGCGCAAGCGGGUCGAGAUCAAGAAUCGUGACAUGUCCGACUGGGAGUCGGAGGGGCAGGACGAUAUUUUUGAGGAUCUGGAGUUUGGGACUGGGUGGAUUGUGUUAAGGUGUGAUUUGGGGGCUGAUGUGGCUCCCGUUAAGUUUACGGAGGAUCCGUUCGCUGUGCCGGGGCGGCUGGCGGAGAGGCAUUUUGAUGGGUUUGAGAAGUGUUUUAAACAUGAUCACCGGGUUGUUUAUACCAACGAGGAUAGUUUGAUGGAGUUUGGACAUUGGGUGGUUGAUACCGGGGGCUUAGCACCGAGUCUGGAGUGGGUGUUGGCUGCUAAUUGACGACUUGCGACGGAAGUGUUUAAGCGUAGUUAGUGGUCUCGGAGGGGUUCGUCGUCGGCGUAUGGCGCUUAUUAAUAGGUGUGUAAGAGGAAGCUGGAGGGGUGGGAAGAGUGUGGAAGGCGUUUAAUUUAUCAUUGGUAGGCCUUGGAAUGUAAUUGAUACGCUUUGAAAUGAUGGUAGAAGGCCUCAAACUAUAAUUUGUAGGCCCUGGCAUGAUAUGAG